AUGUCAGAAAAAGGCGGGUCUCUUUCUCCCGGGACGCUCCGUCUGGAGUUAAAGGACGAUGAAAAAGAGGUCCUUAGGCGACAAAUCGACACCCCGGAGUCGCAGAUGAGCCGCUUUACUCUUUUGUAUACCUGCACAACACCCUAUGAAUUACUUCUUCUGGUUAUCAGCUCAAUUGCAGCCAUCAUUGGGGGAGCCCUUCAACCUGUGUCUUUUCUCCUUUUGGGAGGCUUGGCUCAAUCAUUCAAAGAGUUCUUCAUCGGAACGUCCUCAGGAUCGCAACUUUCAUCCCUGGUCGCGAAAUUCGCCCUUUACUAUGUAUAUAUCGCCAUCGGACAAUUUGUUUCGGUCUACAUCUCGACAGCCGGAUUCAUGGUCGGUGGAGAAAAAAUCACCCAAAGACUCCGAGAGAAAUACCUCGCCGCUAUCCUUCGCCAAAAUAUCGCAUUCUUCGAUGUCCUAGGAGCUGGAGAGAUCACAACCAGAAUCACCUCGGACAUGAAUCUGAUCCAAGAUUCGUUGACCGGCAAGCUAUCUCUGACUUUGUACUCCUGUUCCAACUUCGGGGCAGCGCUCAUCAUCAGUUUCGUGAAAAGUUGGCGUAUGGCGCUUAUUCUGAUAUCGGCCUAUGUCGCAGAAACUGGAUCAAUGAGUGUCUUCUCUUCAUUCAUGGUCAAGUAUACCCACAAGUCACUGGCGGCAUAUGCAGACGGAUCGACAGCUGCCGAGGAAGCCAUCAGUUCAAUCAGGCACGUAACUGCGUUCGGGAUUCAAGACAAGUUGGCCGAUCGGUACCAAAGGUUUCUCACCCAGGCCGAGAAAUAUGGUCUUAGAAGUCGCAUUGCUCUUGCGGCCAUGAUGGCCGUCAUGAAUGGUGUCAUCUUCUGGACCUAUGGACUGACAUUUUGGCAAGGAUCUCGUUAUGUGGUUGUUGGAGACGUGGAACUGGGGGCGCUGAUCACCAUCCUCCUUGCUACCUUGACCGGAGCAUUCACAUUCGGUAACAUAGCACCCAACUUCCAAGCGUUUUCAACCGGUAUAGCAGCCACAGGAAAGAUUCUUGAAACAGUGUCUAGGGAAUCACCACUGGAUCCAUCCUCCACCACAGGAAGAAGACUGGAAGCUGUGUCCGGGACGAUUGAGCUCAAGAGCAUUCGCUAUGUUUACCCCUCGAGACCGGAUGUCCUCACUUUAGAUGAUGUAAAUCUUCGAUUUCCAGCUGGCAAGACGACGGCCAUUGUUGGUGCCUCUGGUUGUGGGAAAAGUACAUUAGCAGGCUUGAUUGAAAGAUUUUAUGAACCACUAAACGGCGAAGUUUGUGAGAGGUCUUUCCUGUGCGCGAUGAACCGUGCUAAUAUUGACAAAAUAGUACUCGAUGGUCACGAUAUCGCGACUCUUAAUUUGCAGUGGUAUCGCCAACAAAUAGCAAUCGUGACACAACACCCCACACUCUUCGCCACAACUGUAUUCCAAAAUAUCAGAUUUGGUCUGGUCGGCACCGAGCACGAAAAUUCCCCUCCUGAUGUGAUAGAAAGCCUUGUCUUCGAUGCCGCCAAGAAGGCGAACUGCUUUGAUUUCAUCUCCGACCUGCCGAAGGGCUUCCACACCAGUGUCGGAGAAAGGGGCUCCUUGCUUUCGGGGGGACAAAAACAACGAGUCGCCAUCGCACGGGCUAUUAUUAGCAAUCCAAAAGUCUUGCUACUGGAUGAGGCUACUUCGGCCCUCGAUGCCCAGGCUGAGAGGCUGGUACAGGCGGCGCUCGAUGUUGCUGCUAAAGGUCGGACAACGAUCACAAUCAGUCAUCGACUAUCUACUAUCACGGCGGCAGAAAACAUUGUUGUUAUGUCUCACGGGCGUGUUGUUGAGCAAGGAACCCACAGCGACCUACUUGAGAAACGAUCAGUGUAUUACGAGUUGGUGGAGAAGCAGCGCAUGUCCACGGAGAGAGAUGUCGGCCCCAGUGAAGGAAAGUCCAUGUUCGAUGUAGAUGCGGAACUCCCCGGUUCGAAAGAUGAGGGUAAUGAGUCCAACAAGCACACGUACCAAAUUGAGCAGGACCCAGUUUCUGAAGGCCAGGAGGGAGAUUCAGACGGCAAGGCUGACGGAAGAUACUCCUUAUGGGAGUUGAUCAAGUUCGUCGCCAAGUUCAACAAACAAGAGACAUUUACAAUGCUUUGGGGUCUGUUCUUUUCGGUUAUUACAGGCGCAGGAAACCCCACGCAGGCUGUAUUCUACGGCAAAGCUAUCGCGGCAUUAUCGCUGCCUCCGAAUAUGUAUGGACAGCUCCGCCAUGAUGUCAACUUCUGGAGCCUGAUGUAUCUGAUGCUGGGAGGUACUGCAUUUCUGGGGUGGGGAGCAUCAGGUCUCUGUUUUGCCUACUGCUCCGAGCGCUUGAUCCACCGGGCCAGAGAUUCUUCCUUCCGCGCAAUUCUCCAUCAGGAUAUCUCCACGUUCGACAAACCUGGAUUCUCGGCCGGUUCACUUACAGCGGCAUUAUCCACGGAUGCUACCAACCUUGCUGGGAUAAGUGGUGUCACACUGGGCUCUAUAUUCAUUGUCUCGACGACAUUGGUUGCUGGAGUGGCUGUGUCGAUUGCUAUAGGUUGGAAGCUGGGGCUCGUCUGUACCGCAACUAUUCCCAUCGUCCUUACUUGCGGUCUCGUCCGACUGAAGCUCCUUGGGGAAAUUGCUCAACAGUCAAAGGCUGCAUAUGCCGCCUCAGCAACCUAUGCUUGUGAGGCAAGCUCUGCUAUCAAGACGGUUGCAUCGCUAAAUCUCGAGACCCAUGUGCAAAAAGAGUACCACACCAUACUGGAAACGCAACGAAAAAAGUCAGUCAUUUUAACACUAAAGUCAUCCAUGUUUUAUGCGGCUUCCCAGUCGGCCAACUUUCUCUGCAUCGCGCUAGCCUUUUGGUAUGGAGGAAGUCUGAUCAUCCACGAAGGCUAUUCAAUGGUGCAGUUCUUUAUUGCUUACGCUGCGGUUAUCGCCGGCGCAUUCAGCGCCGGAGCGAUUUUUUCCUUUGCGCCAGAUAUGAGCAAAUCCCGUCAAGCAGCCCAAGAUAUCAAAACGCUGCUAAGUCGACCUGUCACCAUUGACACCCGUCGAGAGACUGGUGAGCAGUUACCGAAAAUGGAUGGCAGCUUAGAUAUACGAAAUAUUUAUUUCCGAUACCCUAACCGACCGGAGAGAGUGGUUCUGAAUGGCCUCAGCUUAAGUGUACGAACGGGACAAUAUAUAGGUCUUGUCGGGGCAAGUGGAUGUGGGAAGAGCACCAUCAUUUCUUUAUUGGAGCGGUUCUUCGAUCCAGAAGCCGGAAAGAUCUUGGUUGAUGGGAAAGACAUUUCAAAGUUGAAUAUCAAGAGCUACAGGAGCCAUCUUGCUCUAGUUAGCCAGGAGACGACUCUAUACCACGGAACAAUUAGGGAGAAUAUCAUCAUCGGGACCGACGACGAUAAUCUUUCCGAGGAGAGAGUCAUCCAAGCAUGCAAGGAUGCCAACAUCUACGACUUCAUCCUCUCCCUACCUGAUGGUUUCUCGACGGUUAUAGGCGCGAGAGGCGGCAUGCUCUCUGGCGGGCAGCAGCAGCGGAUAGCUAUAGCGCGAGCGCUUCUCCGUGAUCCACGCAUCCUCCUCCUGGAUGAGGCCACUUCCGCACUCGACUCGGAGUCGGAAAAGGUCGUCCAGGAUGCACUGAAUGCCGCAGCUCAAGGCCGAACGACAGUCGCUGUUGCGCAUCGCAUUAGUACGGUACAGAAGGCCGAUUGUAUUUAUGUGUUGCACGAAGGCAAUGUUGUUGAACAGGGGACGCACCAGGAGUUAAUGGAGCUGGGUGGAAGAUACUUUGAAUUGGUCAAGCUACAGAGCUUGGAGAGCGUUUGA